AUGCCGACGAAGCAGGUUAUCCAACUUGUCAUUGUGCCUCACAGGCCCGCGGUCCCCGAUGAGAUCGCAAAGGACCUCGCGCCGGCCUUUUCCAUCCUACAAAAGGCUCCCGGCCUCCAAAAACUCUGGAGGGGUAAAAGUUCGAGGACCGGUACACGCAACGAGGCCUACGCCGAAUUCCACCGCGUCCUCCAGCCCGCCAUGAACGGACGCUCCAUCACGCGGACGGCCCACGCGCUCCUAGAGCACUCGCGCUUCAGCGACGCCGAGCACCUAGAGCAGACCUUGGCCUCGCCCGCCAUCGAGAUCGCCCUCACCAAGGUCGUGGAGGGCGGCGUGGCCGGGUACUACUCGCAGUUCGGCAAGGUGGUGUCUGGCAUCCUCGACGCCGAGGAGGGCUGCGAUGGAUAUUUCAUCAGCCCUCUGAUCGAGGAACCUCAGGACCAGCUCCUUCUAAUUAACUGGAAGUCGGUUGAUGCGCACCACGAGGAAUUCGAGAAGAAGCCUGGGUUUGCGGCGUGCAUUGAUGCGCUCAAGGAGUACUAUCGCGUGUUUGUCGUCCCUUGGCAUAUUACUGAAAUUUACAAGGUUGAGCUGUGA